AUGACGACCGAAUGCAAUCCAGAGAAGAAUAUCCCUUCACUGCAUGGGAAAAUUGCUGUCAUCACCGGCGCAAACAGUGACAUUGGACGCGAGACAGCCAGAUAUCUUGCGCUGAAUGGCGCAAAGGUGUAUCUGGCGGUGCGAUCUGAGGCCAAAGGUGUGCAGACACGAAGGCUCAUUCUAGACAAAACCCCCGAGAUCGAGCCGCAAAAUCUCCAAUGGGUCAAGAUAGACCUCACGGAUAUGCGUAGCAUCACGGCCGCAGUGAAUUGGUUGAAGACACAGGAGCAAAGGCUUGACCUCCUGAUCCACAACGCAGCAGCAGCAACCUGGUCAAACGAACCAGUUGGCGCGGGAUGGGAGCCUCACAUGGCUGUGAACUUCAUCGGCCCCUUUGCGCUCACGAACCGCCUUCUCCCAUUACUCCAAAGUGCCGCCGCGGAGAAAGGUGCCGACGUCCGCAUUAUCACUCUAACCUCCACCGCACAAGUCGCGAUGCUACCCAUUGGCUUCAAGUUCCCCUUCACCUCGCUCGACUGCCUCCGCAACCCGGUCCCGUCACACCCCUGGCAAUGGCGCUAUUUCGGCAAGUUCGCCUUUGGCUUCGACAUGAUUCGCUACGCGGUCUCCAAAGCCGCCAACCUCAUUUUUGCGCAAGAGUUGCAGAGAAGGCUGGACAAGCAGGGUUUGCCCAUCAUAUCUGUUGCGGUGCACCCGGGAGAGGUCGCCACAGAGGGCGUGUUCUCGAUUAACAACGCCAUGGUCAGGACCUUUGCGCGCUUGACGUUUCUCUCGCCGGAGCAAGGUGCUGCAACCUCCCUGUUUGCGGCAGCUUCGAGAGAUGUGAAGGAGAAUCCGGCUGCAUACAAAGGGCGAUUUCUGUUGCCGGUGGGGAAGAUCGGUGUUCCUGCUUCGGUGGCGUUAGAUGAAGAGCAGGUGAGGGGGCUCUGGAAUUCCGCCAUGGAAGAAGUCAACAGAAGACUAGCGGAUGAGAGUCUGCCACCUUUGCAAGCUUGGUAA